AUGAGAAACAGAAUCGACAGAAUUCUGGGCGACCGGAAACCAUCGUCAAGUUCCACCCCGCCUCCCGCUCAUCAGUCUAUUUCCGGUACGCGCGAUGACGUCACAAAUGAAACACGUGACUCACGCGUCAUUGAGGUCAAGGGUCUGGAACUCCCAGAAGGCUUGGCUAUCAAGAAGACAGAGCUAGGGGCCGUCUCUCACUACGGGGUCUUCUGCUCCAAGACUGUCGUCGCCAAGGGAACCAGGUUUGGCCCCUUUAAGGGCCGCGUAAUUAACACUAGUGAGGUCAAGGCCCAGGACGAUACUUCACACAUGUGGGAGAUAUUUCAGGAUGGACGUCUGAGCCACUUCAUCGACGGGCGACGUAACGCUGGUAACUGGAUGGCGUUCGUAAACUGCGCGCGAUACUCGCAGGAACAGAAUCUCGUGGCCUUGCAGGUCGAAGGCGACGUUUACUACGAGGCGUGCAAGGAUAUUCCCCGGGACAGCGAACUGCUGGUUUGGUACGGAGACAGCUAUUUGCAGUUCAUGGGCGUCCCUGUCGCCCCAAAGGAGGCUACUGGAAGUGAGUCACGGCAGGAGGCAGACGAUUCUGAUGGUUACCCGUGUGAGCGGUGCGGGAAGGUGUUCGCCUACUGCUACUACCGUGACAAGCACCUCAAGUACACCCGCUGUGUGGACCAGGGCGACCGGAAGUUCCCCUGCCAUCUGUGUACAAGAUCGUUCGAGAAACGAGAUCGUCUGCGGAUCCACAUUCUGCACGUGCACGAAAAGCAUCGACCCCACAAAUGUGUCGUCUGCAACAAGAGUUUUAGUCAGUCAUCAAGUCUUAACAAGCAUAUGAGGGUACAUAGCGGGGAGCGGCCGUACAAGUGCGUGUAUUGUAACAAGGCGUUCACAGCCUCCAGCAUCCUCAGGACGCACAUUCGCCAACACUCGGGGGAGAAACCAUUCAAGUGCAAGCAUUGUGGAAAAGCGUUUGCAUCACACGCGGCACAUGACAGUCACGUGAGAAGAACGCACGCACGAGACAGAAUGUGCACGUGCUCGAUUUGUGGCAAAUCGUACUCACAACCAUUCGAACUCAAAUUUCAUAUGGCACCAAACACACCGUGCGACGGAUGCUCGGACAUAGACCGUUGCGAUGAGUCGGUGGCUCCAGUGGAUUGCCUGCCAUCUGGUAAGUUUGAUCCAAUGUUAAAAACAUCUACACCACAAUGGUGA